GAAGCACCCGGGCGGUCGAGAGUGAAAGUGGCGGGGGCGGAGGAAGAGUGGCGCGGGCAGCACUGCCUCACUCGCUGGCAGAUACUCGCGUGCCGACCGUCCCGCAGACCAGACCUGAGGAGUGAGGUGUUCCAGCCGUCUGAGAAUACUGUCGCGCACUGCACUCCGCUAGCUUCGCGCGUUGCCGCCCCACGGUCUUCGCACAUCAUUAGUCUUCGUGCAAAAAAUAUAUGUAAAAAACAAACGACACAGUUGUCUGCGGGACGAGGUUUUAAACGAUGUAGUCUCUAGACUUACAGUAGCUGAGUUAGAAUUAAUGCACAUGCGAAAUAAAUUAAUGUGACUCACAAAUCCUGCAACGAACUGAACUCUUAACGAGUGUCUGUAUGCCACAUGAAAACAAGAAAUCUUUUGUGGUGAAAUAUAUGGUGAUAUUAAGUGUAGACAGUUUAACAAGCUGACACAGCUAAAAAGUACAAGUGAUCCAGGACUUACAAUACUCAACGACAGGGAACUUCAACGCAGCAAGAACACCGUUCGAAGCUCUUUCCUUUCCCUGACUUUCCCGCGCCGCACCUUUCCCCUGUGAGCACAACCAGUCCUCGCAUCGCUGUCUCACCUUCCCGCGCACCGUCACCCUGAGUCAUUAACCUGUACGGGGUGAAUAGAAAAGGAGCCACAAUGCCUCCAGAAAUAUGUUUACUUUUAUUAGGGUUGUUAGGGGCAGCUCGGGGACUCAUCACUGGUGACGAGGGACCACCAGGUUUCUCGCCACUCAAGACUCCCGUGUACUUCCCAAUCUUCCCAGAGGAUUUUAAGGACUUUGGACUCAGGCUUGGUGGAGACGUGCCUGGGGAAGGGAGGGGCAAGAGUCUGGACAUGCCCACCACCACCCCAAAGCCCACCACCACCACUGACAAGUUGCCCAUCAACCCUGACGGCCUGCUCAGCCACGUCGCUCUCGAGCAGGCAGUGACGCAGGCCCCCGGUCCCUCGUACCUCACGGACUCCUAUUACUACAUAGACGACCACACUGCCAAGCCUGGCUCCGCGGAGGACUCCGGAGAGAGCCACGGCCAUCCUGUGCCCGACCGAGAAAGUGAAAAACAGCAUCUGCAAAAUCUGGCGCCCAUCUCCAGCACCUCCUUAGGAAACGAGCCGCUGUCUCCCUUGGCUCUGAUCGGCGUCCCGGCUGUGUCCGUCACCCAGGCGCCCACAUCGCCCGCACCAGAGACCACCAGAGCGCCUUCCAAAUCUACUCGCCGUCCCUCCCGCCCCUCCAGAACUCGUCGUCCUUCCAAGCCCUCGCCCUCGCCUUCUCCUGUGCCGCAGGAGGUGAAUGUCAGGCCUGCUUUCACACCCAUUCAAACGCCUCCGCCCACUACCGCCCCGGAGCGAGUACCCACCACCAUCUUGCCUACAACACCGCGCACGCCCACCAGCUACGAGCUCUCCAGGUCCCCAUCUCGCUCAUCUUCUCGUACCUACUCUUCCUCUCGCCCCUCAUCCCGUCCCUCAUCCCGCCCUUCAUCCCGCCCUUCAUCUCAUGAAAAAUCCAAGACUUCCACUUCAGAACCCCGAAGAGUUUCCAAGACGAGUGUUGGAUCCAGACGUCCCACGUUUGAAUCAUCACGUCUAAGCGCCCUUGCAACAACAACCGCUUCCACCACCACUACUACCACCACCACGAGACCCACAAGACCGCCCUCAUCCUACCGCACACCAACGCCUCCCACACUGCCAUCCACCACCACUACCAGCAGAAGAGGCUACCGAGGGAGAAUCACUAGUUCCUCAGCACCUAAGCGGGUUACCGGAAGACAGCGCCCCAGGAAGCAAGAAUCUCCUGUCUAUCGCACCUCCACCAAGGCGUACCGUGCACCUUCCUCGCUGUACCACGUGAGAGGCACCACCACUACCGUCACAGCUCCCGCACAACCUGACUUCGUCCAAUCAGAUCCCAACAUAUACGUGCCGGUGGAAUAUGACGACGAAGCCAUCCCCGGAGUGGCGGGUAUCGACUAUCCUGUGUACUCAGCCGUCCCCGAGACCAAGUUCAUGUGUGACUCCCAGGAGCACCCGGGUCUAUACGCCGACACGGAAGCCCAGUGUCAGAUCUUCCACAUCUGCCAAGAGGACGGCCGCCAUGACUCCUUCCUCUGCCCCAAUGGUACAGUGUUCAACCAGCAGUACUUCGUGUGUGACUGGUGGUACAACUUCUCCUGCGACCACGCCGCUAGGUUUUACUCAUUAAAUGCCCUUAUAUAUGAAAUCCCAGAUGCAGAUAAAUACUCCAAAAAAUAAUUGUAUACAUAGGAUUUUAAAUUUUAGUCUUAUUUUUGUGUUGUGUAAAUGGUGAAAGAAAGUGUCAGGUAUGAUUUUUUUAAUACAUAUAUACUUUAUCAUUCACUGUAUUUCGUGAGUGGGUUUCCCUUAAUAUGCUAUACAGUAAAAUAUCAUUUGCCUGAUUUUUUUUUUUUUUUUUUUUUUUCAUGUAAUAACAGUAUCUUACCUUUUAAAUCGUAAUAGGGUAAAGAAUAUCCUGUCACAAUAUUUUUCCCCUCCUGCUUUUGACUAAACAUUCUUCUCCUUAUUUUCGAAAUCAUAUGCAACAAUAAUAUCUCAUCACUUCAUUCAAAGUAAGACCAAGAAUAUCCGGUUAUAACAUUUCCCUCUCACCAAAUUCUCGGUCUUUCUUCCAGAGACUAUAUAGAUUGGUGAGUUGCCUUAUACUUUGGGAACCUUAACUUAUUUGAAGAUGGUGCGCACAAUACGUGUGCAGCGUGUAUAUGAAUAUUGCUUAUACUAUACGUAGCUGCUGUAUAUAGGAGAUUUUUUAUUUUUAUAUUAUGUAUAUAGCUGGGUUGAUAGUGGGAACCUGCUCACAUAUACUUUGCUCCCGAAGGCCCAUUAAUGAUAGAAGUUUCACAGAGGCAGUGCUUAUAAUACAAUACCUAGCGGACUUAGUCACUUGGCCAGGUACGGAAGUUCUUGGAGUAUAAUACUGUAUCCCGUAAUUAAGGAAGGGUGCUAAGAUGAAUACCACGGCACAGAGAAGUGUCAGAAUUAGUAACGUCGGUAACUACACAAGUCACAAUGGUGCGAGUUUCAUUGGGUGUACACAGUUAAUUCUUUCAUUAUCGCCCGCUUGAAAAAAAAAAAAAAGUUAUAUAAAAGUGACGUUUAAAGGUGCUAGUCAGGUUUCUGGCGCUACUGCUGUGCUGCUGGAAAAGGCUGGUGAUAUACACGUAGGGUUUCUAGUAGGGUAAGAAGACAAAGAGCUCAGUGGUCGCCUCAGAAAAGGUUUUAGUUUUCUCGGGUGCUGGAUCAUAAUUGGCACGAAAGUUACGAUCUAUUCACCGUUCUUUUUUUUUUUUUUUUUCUACAGCUGUACAUAUUAUUUCUUUCUCUCCGUAUUCGGAGUGUGCCUCAGUGGUAUAUAGUGGGGAAAGUAAGCCAGAAGAUACUGUAAUUCUUAUAAUACGCUUGAUCUGCCUCUCUUUUUAAGUGUCCAUCCCCCUUUUUGUUUAUAAGGAUCUAUAUUCUUUUGAUUCUAUUCUUGGGCGUCACAGGUAAUAUCAAACUUCUUUCUCUUAGAUGAAAUAUAUGUAAUACUUUCUCUCCGCUUGUGUGAAAUAUCGAUACUUGGUAUUUUUAAUUAUCUAUAAUGUCUUAAAAGUGACUAAAUAUCAUAGUGAGUGACUGACAUGCUUGUUGUCACGUCAUCUGCCUCCCGUCACAGACACCAUGUUUCUUAUUGCAAAUCAAGUCUAAAUUAUUUCCUGAAUGUCUUUUAUCCUUCACCGCUUCAAACAUAGCCAUGAAAUCAAUAACUGUUACUAUUUAUAGAUAUCUAUUUAUGCUAAAAUUUGAGAAACUAUGUUACAGUUUCGUGAAUAGUAUUAACUAGUCUAGUUCCUCAUCGGCGCUCAUCCGCCACAGCGCGAGAUCCCAUCCGAACUUGGACGGCACACACACACACACACUAUCAGUCAGCUUUUGGUCUUCGUUAUCAGGCUGAUAAUGACGCUUAUUAAUUUCCUGAGUACCGUCUUUAGAAGUUCCGCAAUAAUAUAUUUUUCCUCUUCCAUGAUUGUUCUGAAAAUGAACCCUUGUGCUUCUGUCCAACUUUAUGCAUGCGAGUACGUUCACGUCAGUGUGCAAAAAUCAGUCGGAUGUUUUCCCGAAUAUUAACUUAUUAUUUAUCACUUAAUUGCUGUUGUUUCUUGUUGAUAAAUUAUAUAGAUUUAUCCUUAUUUAUUUCAGUGUUACUAUUUAUUGAUACUUGUCUCUUUUAUUUUGUGUGUGUGUGUAUGUAUAAUCAGGAUAUUGUGUCUUUGAUUUGCAGCUUUAUAAUAUUAUCUGCGAUUUUGUAAGUUCACGCGAAUCAUCUUAUUUGUUCGUAAUGAGCGUGAAAUUAUGGCUGAAAGAGACACUUGGCAUCUUGACAUAAACAAAACCUUUUAUUCAUGUCUUUAGUUUUAGAAUGAGGCAAUGACUACUUGGUAUUCCUUGUGUUUGGGUAUGGUGGUGAUUCAUUCCUCUGAACGAAUCAUACUAAGAAAACAGAAUGAUAUAUCUUAUUUUCUGAUGACUAGAAUUUUCUUUAGAUUGGAAAUUACGUCAAUAAAUGUUACAAUUACAUAUUUAUUACCUUUCCCUUUCCACAUGUUUUCCUUCCCAGUUACUCUAUAACCAUCAAUUAUAAUUUGGUGAUCAACAGAUGCCGUUAUCUAUCAUUGCCUACCCGUCCAUCAUUCUAUCUGCUUAUCUAUCCGUCGGUAUACUCCACCAUCUCAGAUAAAAGUUAACUGUUCUUGCCCUCAGCUAUCAAUGAGAUCCUUAAAGUCUCCUUCAGCCAUUACACAUUAUCGUUACAAUCUGUAGCGUCGCAAUAUUAGCGUCGGCUAAUAUUGCGAUAGAGAGACAUGAUAAUCCUGAUUACAUGCACCACACACUGUAUUCCGUUGUGUAAUGAAAGAUGGCAGUCACAACAUAAUAUCUGUGGUCAUCCUGAACGUCCAGUCUUUGUCUUCCUCCUCACUCUGUGCUGCAUCACGUCUUCGGUCCAGCUCUUACCAGUGUUUUGUCUUCGUGUUCUGUACAUUUGUGUCUUGAUAAUAAAGCACAAUAACUUGU